UUGGAAAUUCGCUAUUCACCCCAACGAUAAUUUUGAGUCGAUCGAAACUAUUUAUCACCCUUCGUAUGAUAAGAAUCAUAUUCUAUAGGACAUAUGACAGGUGCCUAAAUAGUUUGUGGAUUGAGUCAUGUCAACAAGAGCUGAAAAAGCUCUAAAGGCCCAGAAAGAAAAGCAUCACGCAAUUCUCAGGGAAUUGGUUAAAGCGACAUCUAACAAAACAUGCGCUGAUUGUUUGGCUAAAGGACCAAGAUGGGCUUCUUGGAGUUUAGGUGUGUUUAUAUGUAUACGAUGUGCUGGAAUACAUCGCAACUUAGGUGUUCAUAUCUCAAAAGUAAAAUCAGUUGACCUUGAUUCAUGGAGUACUGAACAAAUAGAGCACAUUUUGAAAUGGGGAAAUAAACGUGCUGCAGAAUAUUAUGAAUGUUAUUUACCAACGGAUUUCACUAGACCUCAAGGCAAUCAUGCUGUUGAAUCAUUCAUUCGAAAUAAAUAUGAGAAAAAGUUAUACAAGAAGAAAGAUGGCGAGCCUGAGCCUAACCCUACUACAAGAUUAGAUAAACUUGGAGGGACCAGUGCACCUGCAGAGAAAGAAAACAAGGCACAAUCACAGAAUCCCAGUAGAAGACGAGAAAGACCAGAAAAGAAAGUAGUUGAAGAGAAACCCAACAACACGAUCUUAACAAUGGCUUCUCAAAAUCAAGCCACAGAAAAUCCUGCAUCUGCAGCAAAACUGUCAGUUGCACAUCAUCAAGUAAAGAGCUCCUCGAUGAAUGAUUUGUUGUCCUUGGAUCAUCCUGGACCAACCACACCAGAUGUAAAACCAUCUGCAAGCAGUAAUGAUUUACUCAACUUCGGCUUAUUUUCUGAUCCCGUUCCUACGCAACAAGCACCAGAUCCGUUUCAGUUGAAUGAUCAGUCAAAUAGUUUACUGCAAACUCACAGUACAAACGACCCAUUUCAAAAUAGUGAAGUAAAAAACGAAUCGCCAAAAUCAACAAAAGAAUCUAUAAUGUCGUUGUAUUCGAGUGGGAACACUGGUCAACAGAAAAUGUUUGGUGUACCAGGUGGUGUCUAUAUGAAUCAACAACAAAUGCCUUCACAACAAAUGUACGCAGGAUACCCUCAGAAGACUAUGCCCAACCAGAUGACGCAUAUGAACGCACAAAUGCAGCACAUGAAUUUAAAUACUGGUCCCCAAAUGCACAUGAUGCAACAGCAAAAUCAGCAACAAACAGGCUUUGGUCAGCAAGGAGGUUAUAACCAACUAGGGUACAAUCAAGGUUUUAACCAACCUCAAGGUAAUUACAAUCAACGAUUUAAUGCGGCGAACCAGUUCACCCAGCAAGGUUACAACACAAAUAUGUACGGUAAUGUGAUGAAUCAGCAAGUGGGAGGGUUUAAUCGUCCAUCCUUCCCAAGCAACAUGCAACAAAGUCAUGUAGGUAACACGAUGGGAAAAAAUGUAAUGGGGAACACUGCUUGGUCAGCUAACCAAAACUUGUCUGGAGGAAUGGCGCAACAACAACAGUUACGGGCUAACGGUAAUGUGUCGAUGAACUUUAAUAUGAAUAGUGGAAUGAAUAGUAUGGGACAUACAAUGAAUAAUCAACUGUGGAAUUAACUAAUUGUAGCUUAAUUUCGUUAAGGUUAUAAAUUAUUGCGGGCAGUAAUAAUUGUAGCAUAGAUAUUUGCAGUUUUCGACUUCGCUAAGGAUUUUACGACAAAUUAUUUUGAGAGCUCAGUGUCAAUUUUCAGUUAUUUUUGCGGUUUGAGGGUUUGCUAAGGAUUUUGUUACAAUUUGAGAUUUCAGUCAAUUUGCUGUUUGUAACUGUUUUCGAACGCCUAUUCGUGUUUAAAAUAUAUUUGCGUAUCGAAACAUUAACAGCACUUUUUGCAUGAACUGACAUAAAUUAUGUCAAUUAUGCACAAACUGACAUAAAUUAUGUCACAAUAAUUCAUAUAUUAAUUUUUGUCCGCAAUACUUUACAGCCUUUUAAUGUUAAUUUUACGCAAAGUUGUAUAGUGAAGUGAAUUUCAAACCCAUCCAAUGAUAAUUCUCUUUUCCUGCAUAUCAUUUAUUAUUUUUAGAUUUUAAUCCCCCUAUUAUGUUUGCAUUUUAACCUGAUUUUUGUAGCAUUUUACUUCAUUGUUAUUUUCCAUCGAUAAUCAAUAUUUUUUUUUGAUCAAACGUUUUUGUUGUUAGCCUAAAGUGAACGUGUGAACAAUUUUAGCGGGUUUAUUGAGACGAACUUGAGAAGCACUAACAUUGUUAUAUAUUUCUUUAAAUUUGUAAAUUUCGAUUGGUUGCAGGGAAAUGAAUGUUAAAUUUCAUAGA